GAGAGUUCUAACUGUAAUUGGGUAAUUACUACUGAAAGUAGCAAGAUGGCAGCAAACCCUCCAGGUCAAGGUGUGUUUAAGGAGAAAAUUUAGAGGUGAUGUUCUGUUCCCAUUGAAGUCAUUGGGACCAGGAUUUCAUCCUCGGCUCUUGUACACUGAAUUUGACUCUUGGUUGCCAAGCUGUGCAUCUGGGAGCAUACUGAAGGUCCAAAGAGGCACAGUUCUGCAAGUGAGAACAAAAGAUGAGAGGAGAUCUUAGCCAUCAAGAAUAGAUAACAAGAGCUCGAGACCAUAACGAAACACAAAACAAAGACUGGUGCUGCUGCUGAUGAUGAUAUACUCAUGCACAAAGCUGGGAACAAAGAAGGUUUUCAGAAUAAAAAUAGGGUUGCAAUCUUGGCAGAACUAGACAAGGAGAAGAGAAAAUUACUUAUGCAAAACCAGUCUUCCACAAAUCACCCUGGAGCCAGAGUUCUGCAGCCAUUCUGCCAAACAUCUGAUCUUCCCAUCAUGAAGAAUAUGGACCCAUGCGUUGCACUUGCAAGAUCUUCCCUUAACAAGGAUUUCCGGGAUCAUGCCGAGCAGCAGCACAUCGCAGCACAGCAAAAAGCAGCGUUACAGCAUGCACAUGCACAUUCUUCAGGAUAUUUCAUAACCCAAGACUCUGCAUUUGGAAAUCUUAUUCUUCCUGUCUUACCUCGACUAGAGUCGGAAUGAGGGAUGUUAUUUCUCAGAAUGAAGGAGAUGAA